AUGGAGAGGCGUCUCGGCGCGCGUGCUCGAUAUCGAGCAGACCAUGAGGCUGCUGCAAAAACCAUCAUCUCAUACGUCAGCAGAGUCUCCCGCAUUGAGGGUGAUGGAGAGUUCACAUUCACCUAUAACAGCCCGCUUCUUAGAACGACGCCCGCCCUGGAGAUUCAACUCAUACCAGAAGAUUUCACUGGCUAUCCAAACGAUCACUUUUUCCUGGCAUUCACAAGCAGCCAGGAUGCGCCUCCCUGUGUCGCCAAGACACUUGAAGACUUUGUCUCCGAGUCAUAUGGACUCAAAGUCAAGGAUGCGGUGACUUUUCUUGCUGAAAGACUUACCGCCUCUCUCGAUCGAGAUUCGAACAGCCGUUUAGCUGAAUCUGAUGAAGCCCCGGAUGUUCCCAUGACAUCUGAAGAAAGCCCAUCUCCAGGUACCGACGAUGAAGACGAGGAAUUUGGAGAUAUCGACUGGAUUAAUGACUCCGACGAGGACAUCUUCGACCUAACUACAACCAACGUUCAUUUGACCCCUGGAGCAAGCGAACACGUAGUUCUUCAUGGGGGAGUAUCCAAUCGCAUUCGCAAAGAUUUCCGUGCAGUCCGCGAGGGAGGUUUCCUGAUCAGCAAAUUGGUCGGCUUCGACUUACACACAAGAGAUAACAUUGUUUCAAUUUCCGCCCGCGUUGAUAAGUUAUGCUUGUCCGAAGAGAAUUUAUCUGCUUGGAACUUACAGGCGACCGAUUUUCUUGUUCUUCUGAUCAAGUAUCAGGGAUAUUAUACAACAUUUGAGCAAGCUUUGAGCAAUCCGACAACAAUGCCCCCCAUCGACUUCCGCCUCAGGAAGUGCUCCCAGUACAAGCCAACUCUAGAGCAAGCAUACCAGGCCUUCUCUGUGCUGAAUUAUUCUUUGGAUUCCUCCACCACACAGAGUUGCAGUGGCAAGGCACCAGAAAUCAGCUUACUGAGCGUUGGAGGUUCGAUCGACAUUUUGAUGAAGGAAGAGUUCAUCCGCUUGCUGAGGUUGAGAUGCGAGCAAAACUUGACGUGGGAUGGCGCGAAGAAGAUAUUGGCCAGAUCGAAAAAUGGUUCCCAUGUCAAGCAGAAGGAUACCCCGACCAAUAUCAUGCCGACUGAAACCAACACCGAUCUCAUGGAAGACGAAGAUCAUAACAAGCUACCAGCUUUCAUUGCCAAGGAAAAUGUAAAAUCGGACAGCGAAGCUUCUUUGCCGCUCAUCGCAGCACAGUUUGCCAUGCGUCACUUCAUCCGAUCUACCGACUAUUGCAUGGUCUGCUUCGAAAAGGUUGGUGUGAAUUUCGAAGCCCUCAAGCCUUAUGUCUGCAGCAACCCGUUGUGCCUCUUCCAGUACAUGAACAUGGGGUUGGGCCCGAGUAUCGACAUUGAGGUCUUAAAGCACCCCAACGUGGUCGACCUGCUAAUCAGUUUCUGUUGGGCUGCUUUGAACCAAGACCAAAGCAACAGAAGAAACCAGUUUGACGCUGCAAGGUCUUCGACCACCUUUCGCGGAUGCCUACGAGAAUACCCGGACGGUCUAAACCUACUGGUCCCAAAAAUUAUCUCCGAACAGUAUGAGAUGUCUGGGUCGCGCAGGGAGGUCAAACUCGAAGACACGAACAUGAAGCUGAUCGACCCAAUCAGUGGUAAUUACAACAGUCAGACGUCGACAAUGACUCUUGAUGAAGCAGCGGACAUGGACCAAGUUCGCCUUGGGGAGUGGGUGGCAAUCGUGGUGCCAACCAGCGGAAAGAGCAUCGUUCGGCACGGUUGCAUAGAGACAGCCGAAAGCCGCGAUGUCGUUAUCAAAGUACAUGCGGAACAUACGCUUCCUAUUUCCAGUUGCCAGAGCUCUUCCGGUAUUCCGGCUGCUAAUCCUCCCUCCCUACCCGCUUUCCUGCUCUCUUAUAACCAAAGUGUGGAUGACCUUGAAUUUAUCGCAGAUAAGGCCAAGUCAUUAAUGCUGCUUCUGGCGACGACACCAUCAAUUGGAGAGAUGCGUGGCUACCUGAGGCAGUCACCGAAGAAUCGAUUAGAGAAGUGGGACAGGAUGAACCCUUCGGUGUCGAGGCUCGUCCGCUGGAUCGUCGCAUCCAACCGGUCGUCGAUCGUACAGGUCGACAACGUGGCCAUAGUGGGCGAUGAUAGGGAAGACGCAGCUUCCCUAGCUCGUCCUAGUGAGCGAAUUUCCGGCGUCGACGGGAUGAUCCAGUUCCGUUUUGCACAAGGAUCGCCUGAGAAGGAGGUCAGCUUCGACAAGGAGUUGAAGACGGUUAUAAAACCGCAGAAGACAAUUCUUGGCUGGCACGGCAGCAACCUCGUGAACUGGCAUAGUAUUAUCCGCAAUGGCUUGGAUUUCAAAGUCAUUGCGAACGGCCGAGCCCAUGGUAACGGUGUUUACUUUGCCAGGCACUUCGAUUACAGUGCGAGCUACGCAUCCGCCGCCAGGGUUCAACACCAUGCGAUCUCGUCUUCAACCAUGUACUCUACUGCCUCUGCGUGGCCCAACUCAAAGCUACAAAUCCAGAGCGCGAUGAGCCUGAACGAAAUUGUCAACAAGCCGUCCGAAUUCGUGACUAGAGACGCUGGAGGAGGAAUCUACGUUGUUGACAAAGAACAUUGGAUUCAGUGUCGUUACCUCUUCGUGAAGCCUGGAAACCACGUGUUGGAAAGCAGGACCACCAGACAAGAUCAGACAUCCACACCUUUCCUACAAGAUGCAGCGUACACUGCACUAGGACCUAACAACCUGGGCAUUUCGGUCCCCAUCAAGGCUAUCCCUUCCGCCCAUAUCAAUCUGCUGAAGGCCAACUAUACACUGACAAAGCAAAAUGCGCUGGGCCACACCAUGACUCAUGGUGAGGGCGAUGAGGAAGAGGACCCUGAAGACAUUGAGUUUCUCUUCAAAGACUCCACAUCUGAUGGACGAGACCAUAAUGGUCUCGCUGCUCCUAAAGACGCAGCAUCACUCCUCUCAGUCGACAAGACCGAUUUCCGACCUGGAACCCUGGAUCUCUCAAGCUUACCUCAAUUGUCUCCUCCCGGAUACGCCACACCCCUAGGUCAGAAGACGAUUGGCCAGGAGAUCAAGAAGUUGCAGCAUCUUCAGGCAACUACUCCAGUACAUGAAUUAGGCUGGUACAUUGACUUUGAUCAAAUUUCCAACAUGUUUCACUGGAUUGUCGAGCUUCACUCCUUUGACCCUGAGUUGCCCUUGGCCAAGGACAUGAAGAAAGCCAAUGUCACCAGUAUCGUCCUCGAGAUUCGCUUUGGUCGAGAAUUCCCAAUGUCGCCACCUUUUUUGCGCGUCAUCCGCCCGCGUUUCCUACCAUUUCAGUCCGGCGGCGGCGGCCAUGUCACCAUCGGUGGCGCCAUGUGCAUGCAACUCUUGACCACCAGCGGUUGGUCGCCUGCCAACAGUAUGGAAAGUGUUCUCUUGCAAGUCCGUUUGGCUCUGUUAAGCGAUGAUCCUCGACCUGCCAAGCUGGCGCUGACUAAAGCUAUGGGUGUUGGUAAGGAUUAUGGCAUCUCCGAGGCGUACGAUGCGUUCACUCGCGCUGCUUCGGCACACGGCUGGGAAGUGCCCAAGGAUCUGCAAGAGACCACAACGGCCAUGAUGUGGAACUUGAACUUGUAG